UAUUUUCGUUAUAUUCCAUUUCCUCACCAUUUUUACUUCUCUCUUUCUCUUUCUCUUUCUCUCUCCUCCCAAACUCGAUCGACCGUCUCUCUCACCUCUCUCCAGGUCGAAUUUCCCUCAGGAGAAAGAGGAACACCAUACCAUACCACACAACAUCACCUUCUUCUUUCAAUCUAGAAACCCUAGAUUUUUCUGCCAAUCUCAAUUUCAGGAAAAUAAUAAAAAAUAAUAUGAAAAAAUAAUAAAAAAAAAUUACUUCUUUGCUGUCGUUAUUGACUUAUUGUGGGACGAUUCAAUACCGAGCGGCUCUUGGUCUAGCGCUAUCUGUCGACUGAAGUUUAGGGUUUUCUGGUAAAUCAGUUUUAUUCAAUUCGAUUUCGAUUUGGGUUGUUUUUUCCGUUGUGUUUCAAUUCCUUAUUUUUGAUCCAUUUUGUCAUUUUUCAUUUCGGGCUUUUACUGUAAACCCUAGGUCUGUUAGGUUUAGAUUUAGAAAGGAAAAGAGAAAAGAAAAAAAAAGGGAGGAAAUUGGGUGAACAGUGAGAAAAAAAAUUAAAUUCUUUGAUUCUUUUGGUGUAGAUAAGAUUGGAUUAGGGUUUUUUUUAGUUAUCUUGUUUGUUCCUUUUCAGUUUAGCUUCUCUACAAGAAAAAGAAACUCCGUGAAAUUUUUGGUGCGUUGUUUUAGUUUGCUAUCCGAAAUUGAGGGUUUCCUUGUUAGAUCUUCCACGAAAAUUCCCUUUUCGUUCACUUCGUUAUUCUUUUAGAGGGAAAAAAAAAAGAAAGAAAGAAAGGAAAAGAAAAAAAAACUAGCUUGUGUAUUUAGAAUUUGAGUGUAUACCAUAUACAAUGGCCUUGAAUUUUUCCCAUCGACCAAUCUUUCCGGCGCAUCUAGCUGAAGAUAGAGUGGUCUCUCCGAUUAGGAUUUCUAAUGGGUACCUCUUGGAAGGUAUCUCGGAGAACAAUGGAGAUAGCUUAUGGCUAUCGAAUAGGGAAAUUGAGAAUCCCUUUGAUUAUGGAAGGGAAAGAUUUGAGAGGGGUGGUGCUCAGGAGUCUGUGUCAAACGAUGUUCUUGACCUUCUGCCCUCUGAUCCCUUUGGGAUGGACAUUAGUACAACUUUUACGGCGAUCACUGGUUGGCUUGAAGAUUUGGAGGUGGACUAUGGUGGGUACGGAAGGGAUGAGGUUGGGUCAAGUGGUGGGAGCUACCAGCUUUUUGCGGAACUGAAUUUUAUUUGGAACAAAGCCAUGAAGUUCCAGGCAUCCCCUCAAAAUGCUGCAUUUGAUCAUACAUCUAAUAUAGCAAAUGGGUUUGGUUGCCUUGAUGGGAAGAGUGGGGGUCCUCCUGCAUCUUGUAGCAGUGAUUGUGGGUCAUCUUCCGCUGUGGAUAGCAUUCAGAAUUUUGGCAAUGUAAAUUGGGAUGUUGCAACCCAGCAACCUGACAAGUGUGGGGUUGAGGAUGUAAUAUGGUCUAGUGAAGAUGUUGGAUCUCAUAGUGCUUUGCAUUUUGCCCUUGGUUAUCUGGGCUUGAGGGAUCUACUUGUUGUUGAAAGGGUAUGCAAAACUCUGCUUUCGACAGUGAGAAGUGACACCCUUCUUUGGAAGAGUAUUCACAUAGAUCAACCUUUGAACGAGAAGAUUACAGAUGAUGUUCUUCUGCAAUUAACUAACAGGGCUCAAGGUAAUUUGAAAUCUUUGAGCCUGGUGGAGUGCCCCCGGAUUACUGAUGAUGGUCUGAGACGUGUUAUUGAAAGUAAUCCUAAGCUAUCUAAGUUAAGUGUGCCUGGAUGUACAAGACUCAGUAUCGAGGGCAUCUUGAAUAGCUUAAGGGCUUUUAAGUCAAUGGGUGCACAAGGUGUGAAGCAUUUGAGAAUUGGUGGCCUCUAUGGUGUGACUCCAAAACAUUUUGAAGAAUUGAAGACACUUUUGGGAGCUGAUGGCCAGAUACAGCAGAGUGCCCGGAAACCACGUUACUAUAACAGGAAAAACCUUUAUCUAUCAUGUGACGAUGAUAAUGAUUUAGAUGUAGAAAUGUGCCCUAGAUGUGAGAACCUGAGGCUAGUCUAUGAUUGUCCUGUGGAGGCUUGUCAAGGGAAAGAUCAUGCUACACAGUUGUGCAGGGCAUGCACACUUUGCAUAGCACGUUGCGUUCAGUGCGGCAGGUGCAUUAAUGACAGUGAAUAUGAGGAGACAUUUUGCCUGGAAUUGCUUUGCUCAGUCUGUUUAACGGCUGACUGCCCAGAGAACCAGGAUCGUAUGGUUGGUGCAUCGAAGCCAGUUGCUACUACCAUUGAAAAGAACUCUAACGUUCAUCUUCAUGGCUAAAGACUUCAUUACAGGUUAUGGUUGCAAAGUAACAUGCUUAUCUGAUAACACCAUCUCUUUUUAUCAAUCGAAAAAACAUGUAAGAUGAUACGUUAUUGAGUCAGUUGACUGUUUUCGACUGCUUGUGGUUGUGGAUUCAGUGAGGAACGUAGGAAGAAGAAAAAAUAAAAAAGAGGGGUAGAAAAGAAUGUAGAAGUGGUUGAAGGAUCUUUAUGGUUGUUUGUUGGUCUCUUUAGUUGGGUCUGACACGAUUGGAAGUCGAAUGGGGGAUGAUAAGUUUUUUUGGGCUUAUAAGUGUCAUGCGAGGUGGUCUCAAAUUGGGAUGUGACAAUGACUACCAUAAGUGUGUGCUAUAAUGCUCGGAGGACUAUUUUAUGAAUUGUAAGGUGGAAAAGUGGAAUGAUGAUUUUUCUAUUGUAUUAUGUGCACGUAUCAACACAACAACUCUACAUGCUGGUCCCUCCAUUGAAAAGCUCACUUUUUUUUAUUCAACUUCUUUGCCGCUGAGGAGUUGAUGAUUAUUGUUGCUGUCUUCAUCAAGCUGUGCAGCUGUUUAUUUUAUGCUCAAGACAGACACUUGGAGCAAUGUUAUGUGACUUUGUGGCAAGGACGGCAGAGAGAGUUUUGUGUCUUUGUGGUAGUGAAGUGAUCCAUGUCAUAUGAUGUUAUUUUCUGUCCUUAUGUAAAACUGUUAUAGUUUAUCUUUUUUUUUUUUAUCUUCCACAAUAUGUCAGUUGAAUUUUUUUUUUCUGGUGGAUCUUUGUUUGGUCCCUUGUUCUUAUCGAUGUCAGUUGUUUCUGGUUUAUGCAUUAGGCGCUGAUACUCAGGCCAUGCAUGGCAUGUUAUCAGUGUUCUUUGUAUUAUUUUAGAUGCUUUUAUGUGGAGAUGAGUAAAAACUAUUCAAUUGCUCUUU